AGAAAAAGAUAUCCCUUUUCAAGAACUAAAAUGUUUUCAAGACUGUGUGUAUUAUUUCCUCUUGUUGGAUGGAUCGCUAGUGAACCCGCUUCAGUUUUUGUAAUCAGGAAACUGGAAAUGAAAACUUCUAAUAUCCCGGGUUCAGGAAUGGAUAAACAGAACAAUAUCUUGAGCUUCCUUGGGUUCGGGUCCGGAGGGGAGUACUCUAUUACAAUCUGUAAUAAUGACAGGUGUUGCAGGACUGGGAUGUUAAAUACUGAGGACAACAACUGGGAGGUUGGACAAACAGAUUGGUUUGUAGGAACCCAGAUAGGAGCUUGUAACACAUUCAAGAUCAAUCCUAACAUGGAAGUCAAGCUGCAGUUAAACCAUAGAGGCAGUAACUCUGGUAGACUAGACUUCAUCAGGAUCUAUAGUUGGCAUUCUGCCGGAGCAUUCAUUUGUAAUAUUGAGACUAGAUUAGACUAUACAUCAACACAUUCAACUUUAUGUCAGUUCCAGAAGAGAGGAGAUCAAGAUGAAUCAGCUUGGUGUAAUGGAUCUCAAGAGUUCUGUGAUCUAAGAUUUGAUCAGUUUCUGUUUCCUGGAACUCAUAACUCAGGAACUGGGCAGAAGAAAGGGGUUUUCCAAUGCUCAUCCAAGAACCAAGAUCUCACCAUCAGCCAACAACUAGACUUUGGGAUCAGAUUCUUCGAUCUUGACAUCAUAAAUAGUAAUGGAUUAGCAGGAUGCAAUGGAUUAGAAACUGGACACGGCGCAGUUCCAGAAAUAGGAGUUUAUCAAUGUUUUGGUCAGGUUGAUGAUUUAUUGCUUGAGGUAAAGAAAUGGCUGGAUGAACAUACUAGUGAAGUCAUUGUUCUUUAUUUUGGAGGCAUUGCAUUCAAAGAGCAAACAGUUCCUGCACUAGUUGAUGCGCUGAAAAGCACAUUUAGGAAUGAAACUGGUGUCAGUCUGAAUAAAGAUUACAAGGAGACAGGAGAAUGGCCAACCCUGGGUUCUGCUGUGGAGAAAAAUGCUCGAAUAUUUACAUUUGUGAGACACAAUAGUAUUGCAGGGGAGAAGGGAAUAGUUGAAGACUUCAAGCUAAGACCUGAUGAAUAUAAAGAGAAAGCUGAUGGAUCAGCUUCAAUAAUAUCCUCUUAUACUGCCGGACAAGUUGGAAAGACCUGUGAGUUUAUCCUACCCGCUAGUAAUGAGACCUGUAGUAGAAUAGACGCUGACCUAAUCAAGCUCUCCUUAUUCAGCAGGUUUUUCAAGAAAGGAGUUGAUUGUCUUUGGCAAAUGGCAAAAGUGUGCAAUGCAAGGUCAGCAAGCGCAAUAGAGGUUUGCAAAAAUCAAUUCUCCAAUAGUUUGGAGGAGAAUGAUGAAUUUAGGUUUGCACCAAACUUUCUGCUCCUAGAUUAUCCUAAUUAUCAGGGACGUGAAGAGUUUGGUUUAGUAGAGCUGUGUAGACUGGAAAACAUGGAAAGAUCAAAUCUAAUAAGAAUUCCAACAUCUCUAAAUUAAUGUAAAGAUGUGUCAUCAUUGAUAUAAAAUAGAAAAGUUAACGUAAUAUAAGAAAAAUUAAAA